AUGACGUGGCUUAUAGCUGAGAUCAUGUUCGAGAUCCAUAAGAAGGUGAUGUCGCUGCAGUUCAGCGAGUGCCACACUAAGAUAAGGCGCGUGGAUGCCCAUGCCACGCUGGGGGACGGGGUGGUGGUGCAGGUGAUGAGCGAGCUGUCCAAGAGCGGCCGGCCCAUGAGGAGGUUCAUGCAGACGUUUGUGCUCGCUCCAGAGGGCUAUUCUGUCAAUAAGUUCUAUGUGCACAAUGACAUCUUCUGCUAUGAAGAGGAGGUGUUUGGAGACUCUGAGGCUGAGCUGGGAGGUAAAACUACAGAACACACACGUUUACACGGCAGACGUGUUAUUUGGGUCUAA